AUGGAUGCAAAGGCAUGCAGCUUCAAGCCAGAGAGAGAGAAUUAUGAGUACUUUCAAGAGCUUGAAGAUGAUGAAGACGAAGCACUCUCUCUUUGUGAUCUUCCAUUGAAUAGCGAAGAAGCAGCAGCUUAUUCUGUUUGGGAUGGUUUCUCCAUGGAAGAUCAAAACUCAUCACUUGAUCAAGAGUUUUUCGAAUUCUUCAGUGAAAAUUUCACUUCUUCUUCUGCUUACCCUAAAGAUAAUAUCAUCUCCUGUGGAAAGCUUAUUCCAUAUAAAGAAGAAAAUGUAGAUGACAAGGCAGAGAACUCAGAGAAAUUACCCAGUAAGGCUAAAGAGGCUAAUACAAACUCCACCUUCACUUGGAAAUCAUAUUCUUUAAAUAAAUUAAGAAGCUCUUCGCUGAAGAUCAUACACGAAAAUAGUUACACAACAUGGAAGACUAAUUGUCAAGGGCCGUCGCCGGGAAAGAAUGUUGAUAAAUAUACUUUUCCGAUGAGAAAAGUAUCAUUCGUGGCGAGUCCGACGAAGUCAAGGUGGCAAUUGUUUACAUUUAGAAUGGGAAGAUACCCAAUAGAGAUGGAGCUAAAUGACAUCAAGACAAGGCAAAACAAGCUAAGUGAUGAUAAAAUAAGGCGGAGCAUGAAGAGUCCGGCGAAGUCGAAGAAGUCCAGAUUAGACGAUCAAUUGGCUGAGAAAAGAGAGAAAAGUUGGUGGGGUUUGCUUAGCAUUUUGGGAUGCAAGAGUUAUGAUGCAAACGCCAUGGUUAAGGCUUCAUUGAGUUGCAUACCGAGUGAGAAGAGAAGUUUCAAAUUGACUGAUGGCAAAAACUUAAACCGAGUCUAG